CCACAGAGUGUGUUUGUGAAUGACGUAACGAGCGUAAAACAAGAUGGCGUCGCCUAGGAACUAGUUUCCCGUGGUUGAGCUUAUCGGUGGUAAACUCUGCCUGUCUUUGAGCUUCCGCGCCGCAGAGAGGCUUGACCGCUCUGAAAAGACGCGUCUUCAGACAGGACAGCACCGCUGGGGGCGUUGCGAGACGCCGGUCCUGUCGGUUCUCUCCUCCGGCGACGGUCCGGAGAGGCGAGCCUUCCCACGGCCAGGAUGGACCCCGGAGAGUACAUCUCUCCGAUGGAGAACAUGGACACGACGUUGGCCGACCUGGGGGAGGAAUUCACUCUCGGAGAUAUUGACGAGAUGCUGCAGUUUGUCAGCAACCAGGUGGGCGACUUCCAGGACAUGUUUGAGGACCAGAUGACCCCAGCGGCCUCCCAGCAAAGCGGCGGCGCCGGCUCCGCCCAGCAGCUGCCGGCGCAAGCCGCGGCGACUCCCCAGACCCCGAACCCCGCUGCCUUCCAGACUACCGCCCUGAGCCUGGCCCCGUCCCAGACGCUGACUCCUCAGUCUGUGCCGCUCACGCCCCCCCUCACCCCCGCGCAGACCCCCUCCCCCACCGCCACCCCCUCAGUGCAGCAGCAGCAGCUGACCCGCAGCCCGCCGCUGCUUCAGCCGCGGCCUCAGGUGGUCCAGCCCAUCCAGCCUCAGCCUCAACAGACUGCCCAGCCGGCCAUCCAGAUGCACACCCAGGGGCUUUCCCUGCAGACCCAGAACUUCCCGGUCCACACCCUGGUUCAGACCCACGCCCAGACGCCGCUGCCCAUCCAGACGCAAGCAGCCCAAACCGUGAUGAUCGCCUCCAGCGGCGGGCAGUCUCGCUUCAUCCAGAACCCAGUCAUCUGCCAUCAGAGUCCCGCUCCCAGCUUCCAAGUCCUCCAACCACAAAUGCAGAGCAUCAUGACGUCACAACAGCUGCAGCCAGUCACCUUUCAGCAUCAGCGUGUUCUGACCCCGACGGGUCAAACCAUCCAGACGCUCUCUACAGCGCCCACUGCAGUCCACACCAUGCAGCAGCAGGUGCCGGUUCUGGUCCAGCAGCCUCAGAUUCUUAACACAGACUCACUGGUUCUCACCACGCUCAAAGCCGAUGGGACACAGGUGUUGUCCACCAUGCAGAGCCCCGCUGGGAUCACCACCCUGACCACGCCCAUCCAGAACACCGCAUUACAAGUCCCGACUCUGAUGGGCAGCAACAUCCUGACCACGGUUCCUGUCAUGAUGGGCGGAGGAGACAAGCUGCCCAUCAAACAGCUGCAGGCAGGCUCCGCCCCCUGCAAUAACACCGCCAGACCGAGCAUGGAGCAGAGCCCGGUGUCGGCAGGAGUGAACGGGCAAGGAGUGGUGGUAAAAGAGGGUGAAAGGAGGACAACCCACAACAUCAUUGAGAAGAGAUACAGGUCCUCCAUCAACGAUAAGAUCGUGGAGCUCAGAGACCUGGUCAUGGGCAACGAUGCCAAGAUGCACAAGUCAGGAGUGCUGAGGAAAGCUAUCGACUACAUCAAGUACCUGCAGCAGGUCAACCACAAACUCCGACAAGAGAACCUCACCCUGAAGAUGGCCAACCAGAAGAACCAGCCUGUGAUCCUGUCUGAAGACGUGGACCUCAAACAGGAAGCAGUGCUGAUGUCCCCUCCAGCCUCAGACUCUGGCUCCGGCUCCCCACAGCAGUUCUCUCCGUACUGCGUGGACUCUGAGCCGGGCAGCCCCUUACUGGAUCACCAUCAGGUGAAGAGCGAGCCUGACUCUCCCUCCACGGUGGGAGUGAUGGAUCGUUCCCGGCUGCUCCUGUGUGCCCUGACGUUCUUCUGCCUGUCUCUGAACCCGCUGCCCUCUUUGCUGGGCUCCGAGGACCCGGGGAACCCCGGCCUAACGCCGGCCCACAUCCCGUCUAGAACGCUCGUGUGGUUCCCGACUCACACGCAGGACUUUGCUUCUUGGCUGCGCUGCCUUUUGCCGUGGGUGAUGGUGUGGGUCCUGAGUGGAGUGGGGGCGCUGUGGGGCUGUGUUCGGGUGCUGUACCUUUGGGAGCCCGUCACGCCCCUUCACUCGCCCAAAUCCGUGUCCUUCUGGAGACACCGCAAGCAGGCAGACCUGCACCUCAACAGGGGAGAUUUCACCGCGGCGAUGGCCAGCUUGGAGACCUGCCUCUCCGUUCUGACGAGAGCGCUUCCCUCAAGCGGCCUGGACCUGGUUUGCUCCCUCUCCUGGAAUCUGAUCCGCUACUGCCUGCACCGGCCCGUGCCGUUCGGCUGGCUGGUCCACCAGGUCGGCGGGAAGCACGAGGGAGAAGAGGCGAGGACGAGCGCCAGGGACGCGGCGUUGGUUUAUCAUCAGCUGAGCCAGCUGCAGCUCACAGGAAAGUUGCCUCAGCGCAGCAGCCUGUGGGCUUUGUCUCUGUCUCUGAGUGCCGUCAACCUCAGCGAGAGCGCCCAGGGCAAGAUGGCGCCGGCUCAGUUCGCUCAGAUCUAUGUGACAGCAGCGACAGCCCUGCGCACCGUCCUGGGCCACCACCUCACGUUUCUGUCUGGAUACCUGCUGGGCUGCGCGGAGAGCGCCGCCAACCAGUCGGACAGCAAGCAGAUCCCCGACUGCCUGCGCUGGCUCUUCACUCCUCUGGGGCGGCAGUUCUUCCUCAGCUGUGAUUGGUCGGUGAAGUCAGAGAGCAGCGACGAAGUGUUCACCUCUCAGAGAGACCCGGCCGACCCCAUCGCUCAGCUGCACCGCUGUUUCUGCAGGAAGCUUUUGGAAAGAGCCGUUCACACCCUCAUCCAGCCGCAGAGCGACUCGGAUGCAGGCAGCUGCAAGAACAACCUGGGGGAAUUCUCCAGCGCCCUGGAGUUUCUGGAGUUGCUGAACAGCUGCACCGAGGACUCUCCUUCCCCUCCGACCCGCUUCACGGCUCCUCCCACUCACACCACCAUUUCAGUGGGCGACCCGGUGAGUCGCUGGUGGGCUCUGGUCCUGAAGGCCGCUGUUCAUUGGCUGCAGGGCGAUGACGUUGCAGUGAGAUCCCUUUUGGCAGAAGCAGAGCGAAUGCCGAGAGCUCUGCUCAUUCUGGACCACGCUCUGCCCAAAGCGGUGCUCCUGCUGUGUAAGGUGGUCCAGAUGAGCUUGUCUCCUCUGAAGGGAGAAGGGCUGGUGGCCUGCCUCUCUCACUGCGACCGGGCCAGCAGCUACCUGCGCUCCAGCAUCUCCGUGCCGCUCGCCCAGUCUGGGAACUGGCUCAACAAGGGCGUGGAGCUUCUUGUUUGUGAUCUGCUGCUGACAUUAAGGACCAGCUUAUGGCAGCGAGGAGGCAGCAGUAACGGGGAACCCGGUCCAGCUCCCGGAUCCCAGUUGGCUGGUUUCCAGAGGGACCUGAGCGCGCUCAGGAGGCUGACUCAGUGCUACAGACAGGCACAGCACAAGGUUUUCCUCCAUGAGACCACGGUGCGGCUGAUAGCCGGAGCCAGUCCCACACGGACCCACCAGCUCCUGGAGCACAACCUGCGGCGCAGGACACAAGGCUCAUACUCAGCUGACGGUGAGUGCGUUGUAGGUGAGAGGGAAAGAGCUCACGCCAUCCUCCUGGCCUGCCGCCACCUGCCCAUGCCUCUGCUGACCCCGCCGGGCCACCGGGCCCGCCUGCUGGCCGAGGCCAAGCGAACGCUGGAGCGGGUGGGGGACCGUCGGUCGGUGCAGGACUGCCAACAGAUCUUGCUGCGCCUCGGCGGGGGCACCACCAUCGCCGCUUCCUGAAGGCGUGCGGCGCUGCGGCUGCCUUUGUAACUGUGUUUUCAUGCAAAGAGCGACGUUAACGUGGAAUAUAGCGAAACAUUGCUGCACCCAGGCCAUAACAAAAGGAUCCAACCUGGGGGGGAAAUGUGUGAUUGCUAAAUAUUUUCUAAUCUUAAUUCUUGCUCGAAUCGUUGCAGUGCUCUGGCUCCACCAUCUGGCCAUUGGUGGUACUGGCAGCCUCCUUUCAAACUGGGGCCAAGAGCUUUUUAGCUUCUUUUUACUGACAAAUUCACAAACGGUUCCAGUGGAACAAUCCUAACAGGUCCAGCAAACAGGAAAAGGGACCAUCACCUAACAGGCAUUUAAAUUAUUGCAGCACAAAUUAGUUUUAAUUUUAGGAGAUUAAGUCAUUCAUCCAUUAUUGGCACGCACUGGUGCGUGGUUGAAUUACUGCUCACCGUUUCCCUUUUUAAUUUGCAAGCUUCCUGAAAGUAUCCCAGAAACGGAGAGCAGAAGAGGCACACAGACCAGCUGGUUUUAACUGUGCAGUGCCGAGUUGUGCGUCUUCUUAUCUACCUCAAACACCGUACAAUGCCAGCACUGUACCACGGAGCAACAUAAGAAAAUGAAGCAGAUGAGUUGGCCUGAAAUUUGACUUCAUCGUAUAAAGCGACGCUUCAGUUUAUGACACGCCGCUCCUCUAGUAACUUCGCUGAUCUGCUGUACCUGGAUUAUGGGAUUCAGCAGCAUGACACAUAAGCAAAUUAAUGUCACUUUUGCAGAAAACCCAAACAUGAUAUGCUCCCAAAUGUCAAAGAGCAUUGGUGAUUGUCUGAUUUGGGAAGGAACCAUGGCUCGAGAAGUGAGGGGGGCGGGGUCAAUUUUAAAAACUAAGGCAGAAUUAUGCAGAUUAUUAUAACUCAUUGCAUUCAAUACAAUGAUGUAAUUGUAUAUAUGUUGUACAUAGAUAAACAGAAGUAGAGAAAAGGGGAUGUUAUUUGCUUCUGCUUGAGACGUUGCACAUCCAGAGUGGCACAAUGAAGUGCGAGGUCAACUGUGUGAGCCUUGCAGUUCUACGCCACCAACAACACUGUAGCCUCGCACAAAGACUUCACACUGUAAAAAGGGAACUAAAAGUAAGUAAAGUUUUCUUAAAAUUAGUAUAUUUUCCAUUGAUUUGAGCAGCUAAAUAAGACUGUUUGCCUAUGGAAUGAGUAAUUAUACCCCAAAGAAGAGAUAAUUGGAUAUCUGGCACUUGAAAUAAGAUGAGGGAGACAAAAUGUUAUUUUAAGUGCAAAACUCUUGCACUCUGGCAAAUAGUCUUAUUUAGCUGCUCAAAUCAAGGACAAAUACACUCAUUUCAUGAAAACUUUACUUUUAGUUCCAUUUUUGCAGUGCAGAAAUCUCAAGCGGCCGGCUUUGCUCGGCUAUUGCGGCGACAAGGAGUGAGUCUGGCUUCCUGUUGCGCAUGUCCCUGCAAACACCGAAGCUGCGAGUGAACGUUGGUGGCGCAUCGCUGUAGCGGUUUGGACACAGCGAUGCGUUUUUAUUUCCCUGGAUGUGAGGUCCAUCUAUAAUGUAAAGCUCUCAAGCAAAACAGCCUUUGUGUUAUGAUAAAAGUUUUUAUGUUGUAUCAAUUUGAGGUCUUUGUUCGGUUAGCUUUUUACUUGUAAUUAUGCACAUGACGCAGAACUUUUUUUUUUUUUUUUGUCGUUUUAUUGCUCUGGAUAUCUUAUUUAAUGGUUGUGUGAGAUGAAGGCUUUGGGGGGUGGGAGUCAGUGUUGCUGUUUGGUUAUUGUUUUGUAUCUGUAAAAGCAGCAUAGGGUCAGAAACUGUAAAA